AGGUACACAUUCUUUCAUCUUCAAGAAAUUUCAUUUGUUUUAGAAGCUCAGAAAUAACUAAUGAUAUUUCACUACAUCAUUUUUGAUACCUACUUGUAUCAAGCACCUAUUUACAAUGUAGUUAUUGGUGAGUGUGUGGAAUUGUUAGCUGUCACUCAUUUUAAUCAUAAUGGUUCUGAAGAAAUUACAUGGAAGAAAGAUAACAAGUUACUAAAUGAUAACAAAGGAGCAAAAAGUCUAUCAAUCUCUUCAGUGUCAGAGCAAGAUGCAGCAUAUUAUCAAGUUAAAGUGCAUAAUAAAUACCUUGGUGUAACGGAAGUUACUGAUAUAUGGCUAAAUGUCAAAGGAUGUCAAUUGUAUCAGAAGGCCAUUGUUAAAUCAAGUACUCGUUGUGGUAAAUUAUGCAUAGACAUAUGUCCAAAAGAAUGGAUUUAUGUCCCUGGGACGCAGGCAAAAUGUGUUCAAUACUUUCCUCAAAUUAAAAGUUGGUCUGAUGCAUCUGAAAGCUGUCAAGCCAUAGGAGGUGAAUUAGCUGUGAUACAGAAUGCAAAUGAAAACAAUUUUUUAGGUGACAUUCUACAAACAGCUGCUGGUGCUUGGAUAGGACUAAAUGAUAGAUCAGUUGAAAGCAAAUACAUUUGGAAUUUUCAAUCAAACAAGAUUUCUGAGUUUUUUUCUUGGGGUGAAGAUGAGCCAAAUAAUUAUAACAAAGGUUGCAAUAUUGAAAACUGUGUUCAAAUAAAAAAAGAGACUGCUAAAUGGAUUGAUUUGAUAUGUGGAGUUUUCAUCCCAUAUGUAUGCCAAGUCGAUGCAGUUUAUAAUGAAAGUGUCACCUGGAGUUGUUAUCGUUCUAAGUGUUAUCGUUAUUUUAACGAUUUGCUUGUCUGGGAAGAUGCUCUCUCGCGUUGUAAAGCAAUUCAUUUAAGUGGUCAGCUGGCCACAAUAGAAAAUCAGGCUGAAAACGACCUGGUUGCUCAACUUUUGAUAGAAAGUGCUUGGAUUGGUUUAAAUGAUAGAUGGGAAGCAGGUUUGUAUUCCUGGUCCGAUAAUAAACAAGUGCUAACCAAAAAAUCUUUUUUUAACUGGGAUGUAGGAGAACCUAAUGAUAAGUUUUAUCAUUCGUUUGCAAACACUUGUUCUGGUGAAGACUGCGUGCAAUUAAGAAAAUUUGGUUCUAAGGUUACAUGGCAUGACCUAGGAUGUAAUACCGUGAUACCUCAUAUAUGCGAAAAGAUUAGAGAUCGUGAAAUUACAACAGGAGGCUUGGUCGGAAUUAUAAUUGGUUGCUUAAUUCUUUUUGCUGUACUUGGAGGUCUCGCUCACGCGGCGUUUCAAAGGCACAAAAAAACCGCUGUCAAAGAUAUUAUAAAAGCUGCUUACCAAGAAGAUUUUUUAACUCAGCAAAAAUUAUCACGAAAAUCAAUAUAAUUGUUAUCACGAAAAUCGAUAUAAUUGUUAUCACGAAAAUCGAUAUAAUUGUUAUCACGAAAAUCAAUAUAAUUGUUAUCACGAAAAUCGAUAUAAUUGUUAUCACGAAAAUCAAUAUAAUUGUUAUCACGAAAAUCAAUAUAAUUGUUAUCACGAAAAUCAAUAUAAUUGUUAUCACGAAAAUCGAUAUAAUUGUUAUCACGAAAAUCGAUAUAAUUGUUAUCACGAAAAUCGAUAUAAUUGUUAUCACGAAAAUCAAUAUAAUUGUUAUCACGAAAAUCGAUAUAAUUGUUAUCACGAAAAUCAAUAUAAUUGUUAUCACGAAAAUCAAUAUAAUUGUUAUCACGAAAAUCAAUAUAAUUGUUAUCACGAAAAUCGAUAUAAUUGUUAUCACGAAAAUCGAUAUAAUUGUUAUCACGAAAAUCGAUAUAAUUGUUAUCACGAAAAUCAAUAUAAUUGUUAUCACGAAAAUCGAUAUAAUUGUUAUCACGAAAAUCAAUAUAAUUGUUAUCACGAAAAUCGAUAUAAUUGUUAUCACGAAAAUCGAUAUAAUUGUUAUUUACAUUUAGAGUAAUAAUCUUAUGAUGCAUUAGUUUGCAGAAUUCUUCAACUUAGCAGAAAUUUGUUAAUAAAAACAAACGAUAUAUUUAUUUUGAAAGUAGGUUUAUACUUUAUAAUUUAAAAAUGAUUUGAACUAUGUUUGACGUGAAGUGGUGUCCUCACGUCUAUGAAUUUUCAUUGAUUUAAAUAAUAAUAAUUAAUUUAAAGAA